AAAUUAGGGUUUAACAUCUCGAUCUUUUUCCGUCGCCGGCGCCGGCCAAACUAACUGUUGAUUCAGGUUACUUCAAGCAUGGUAUAUUGCGGUUAUUGUGCAAAAAACAUCAGUCAACCCGAUUAUGCGGAUGGCAAAAUAUGUUGUCCCUUAUGUGGAAGAGUUCUUGAUGAAGACAAUAUUUUAAGCGACCCUACUUUUGUCAAGGAUGCUGCUGGACAGAGCCAAUUGGCAGGAAAGAUUGUGGGUUCUGUCCAAAGUGUCUAUUCAACUUCACGAGAAAGAACACUACGUGAAGCAAAAAAGGGUAUAGAGAGCGUGAUGAGUGCAUUAGGAAUUGAUGGUGGUGAUUCAAUAGCUCAUCCAGCUUUGGCCUUCUAUAGGAUAGCAGUUGAGAGGAAUUUCACAAGGGGACGUAGGAAAGAGCAAGUUGAGGCUGCUUGUGUUUACAUUGUUUGCAGGGAAAGCAAAAAGCCAUUCCUACUCAUUGACUUUUCCGAGUACUUGAGGAUAAAUGUGUAUAUUUUAGGUGCUGUGUUCUUGCAGCUUUGCAAACUUCUAAGCAUUGUAGAUCACCAAUUUAUUCAAAAACCUGUGGAUCCUAGCCUUUUCAUUCAUCGAUUCACUGAUCGUUUAUUUGGGGGAAGGGAGCCAAAUGUUUCUAGAACUGCACUUCUCAUUGUGGCCAGCAUGAAGCGUGAUUGGAUGCAGACAGGGAGAAAGCCAAGUGGGGUAUGUGGAGCUGCACUAUACAUUGCUGCUCUUUCGCAUGGACUGAAUCGUUCUAAAUCAGAAAUUAUCAAAGUUGUACAUAUUUGUGAAGCAACAUUGACCAAGCGUUUGAUUGAAUUUGAAAACACAGAAUCUGGGAGCUUAACGAUUGAGGAGUUCAAUACAAGAGCCCAGGAGCUUGAGAAAGAAGAGAGGCUGGCCCAACAAUUUUGUUCGGGAUCAAAAGGAUCUGGGAUCACAGAAGUGCUAUGUGAACACAAAGAAAGUGUGGAGCUGCCCUUUGCUCAUGGUCUUUGUGAAAGUUGUUACAGUGAUUUUGUAACACUUUCGGGUGGGCUUGAUGGAGGAUCUGAACCUCCUGCCUUCCAAGAUGCUGAGAGGGGAAGAUUAGUGGCAAAAAAAGCUGCUGAGGAUCCAAAAUUUUCCAUGUCCAAUCAGGUGGAGAACAAUGUCACUGAGCCUGAACAGGAAGGGAACACCCAGAGUGUGACCGGGAGUAAAAAUGUCCAGAUAUCAGGGUCUGAGCAAAUAGUACAUGACAUGGAUUGUAUGGGUCCUGAUGAUCAUGAUGAAUCAGGGAGCUUCCCUGAUAUUGAUGACGUAGAGAUUGACAUUUAUCUUCUCGAUGAGGAGGCGAAGCGCUGUAAGAAGAUCAUUUGGGAAAAAAUGAACCCGGAAUAUGAGGAAAAAGCAGCUAAUGAAGCAGCUGCAUUAGCUGCAAAGAAGGCUGACGAGUUCAUUUUAGCCAACUGUUCAGAGGAUGUGCAAAAUGCACGAAGGCUUGCUGCUGCUGCUGCUAAUAAUGUUGCAGAAUCAAGAAAGGAAAAACGACAGAAAAGGGCUGCAGAACUGAAAAAGUCUGGUCCUGCUAAAACCCCUUUCGAAGCAGCGAAGCAAAUGUUAACUAGAAAGAGGCUAUGCACUAAGAUCAACUAUGAUCUGCUCGAAAAGCUUUUUGAUGAUUCUGAAAUUCUACAGAACCCAAAGAAGAGUCGAAAUGUGGAUGAUUCAACAAAUCAUAACGAGAGCAGCAAAAAUUUUCUGGAAGAAGACGAGAUUUAUGAAGAACCAUUUGUGCAGUAUGAUGAGGAUGUUGGAGGAUAUGACUAUGAUCAACACUAUGGUUAUGAUGAAUAUUGA